CCGACUGACGACAUUGUUUCUUCGAGAGUAACAGGAGCAGGAAGGGGAACAGAAGUGAAUAGAAUUCGAGGUGAAAUCUGAUAGUUUCGCUGAGACAGUUUAAAUAGCGAGGUCGAGUGGGUAUAGGUGGUAUUGAGAUAUUGGAGACGAGAGUGAGAAAGAGACACAGUUAAACGCUGAGGGCAACUCAGAUGGAGAUUUAUUGAGAGUGGGGUUGAGCCGGGAAAGGAGAGAAGAGGGAGAAGGACAGGGGAAAAGCAGACUUUCUCUUGUACAUGCAAUAUAUGGAAGGGGGAGUAGAUCAGGGCUUAAAUCGCAGUAGGUGUAAAUAACCAAGGGCACGUUCUCUUCGACCUACUAAUCCAGAGAAAGCACUUAAAUUAUUUUAAGAAGAGAGUAAAGGGAUGGUAAUACUGUAACUGGCAUUAUUAGGGUGUCCUUAAAAGUGGAACAUAAUUGUCAUGUGGAGUUGAGGGGAAAUUAAAAUGAGAAAACAAAAAUAGGUUUAUUGAUGUAUUUUUCAUAUAUAUUCUCUCCUGAGAGCUGACAGGAAGAUAUCACAGAGACGGUGGAGUAGUGGAUAGUUUUGAUUGGAGGCUGGAAGGGAUAGGGCAAAGGGAAGGAACUAGCAGCCUCAAGAUGUGGUUGCAGCAGCGUUUGAAGGGGCUACCAAUGCUGCUGUCUAGCAGUUGGGCUAGGAGGAUGCUGGCAGGUCUUGUGGUCCUGCUAAUCUUUUACUGGUACCUGAGUUCAGAAGGUGGAUUCAAGCUGUUUCCCAGUUCAACAGAUCCCAAGACAGUGACAGACGCUUGUCUUCAGAAAGAAAUCCAAGAAUGGAAGUUAGCUGUGGACCAUGGCAAUGCCAUGAUCAGUCAUAUUGAUGGAAAUAGCCCAGGACAGUUAUCUGGCCCAGCUGUGGUUGGUAAUGGUCAUUUAAUCGUGGAUGCUGUCUCUAAUCAGCUUUGGGUGGCAUCGUCUCCUGCCUCUUCGGGUGUUGUAGCUGUUCACCUAACAGACUAUGUACCUCUGGUGUCUCUGAAAUCACUUAACGUUCGCUCAAUGUCUAGAGCUGCGCUCAUCCAGUUCCAGGAGGGAAUGGUUCACUUACUACAGUGCAUCCAAACUGGGUCAUCGCACAAUUCCUGGGAGUGUGUCACCCUUCGUGAAGAUGUGAUUGUUCAUCGGAGCCGGCCCCACUUGAUCUUGCAGCGGAUUCACAUCUCCAACCCUAGUGACAGGUCGGUCGUCUUGGAAGUCAGCGCACCACCCGUCACGGGAAGCAAAUUCUCCUCCAGCCUGGAGAAGCAGAACAACCAGGAAUUUGUUCUCUUAGCCGGCAGAGUACUGACAGAGAAGAGGGAAACCAUUCUGGUGGUUGUGGCCACGGAGAAAGUGGCACCCAAGCUGCAAGUGGCUGCAAAGUCUGAAUUUACAGAACACGUGCUUUCAGUGGUUUACACCCUUGAGUUGGUGGACUUGACAAAGGUGGAAGAGUCGUUCAGUAAACUGCGGAGGGCAGCAAAAACAGAAAUGUCGGAGUUGCUGAGACUGGGAGCAGAAGUACUCUACCAAGAGCACCAGAAGGUGUGGGGCGAUUUAAUGAACUCAGGCGUGGAGAUGAAGAAGAUUACGGACUCGCACACUCCCUCCAGCGUGAUUGUGAACAGGACGCUCUUCUACGUCCUUUCUACGUCGCCGGCCCCCCUGCUGGACCUGCAGAGUGGGGCUGAGGAACGGGAGAGGCUGGAAGCCAGCCUGAACUAUGCCGAUCAUUGCUUCAGCGGCCACGCCACGAUGCACGCGGAGAACCUGUGGCCCGAGCAGACCUCCGACGUGGCCCACUUGCUGCAGCUGUCCAGCCUGUGGCAGCUCACCUUGCAGAAGCGAGGCUGCAAGAGUCUGGUGGCCGCCGGCGCCCACGGCAUGAUGCAAGGCAUGGUGAUGAGCUUCGGGGGGCUCCAGUUCACCGAAAACCACCUCCAGUUCCAGGCUGACCCCUCGGUUCUGCACAACAGCUACCUGCUGCGAGGGAUUCAUUACAACAAGGACCUGAUCAACCUGGCGGUGUUGCUGGACGGAGACGACAAGCCGUUCCUCCACGUCUCGGUCAAACCUCAGGAGCAGCAAGUCAAACUCUAUGGCUGUGAGGCAGGCUGCAUGAACGACCCGGUGGAGCUGACUGCUGAACUUAAGGGGCACGUCUUUCCUGUCAUGGUGACUCGGCCAAUCACUCCCUUGUUGUACAUUUCAACCGAUUUGACUCACCUGCAGGCGCUGAGGCACACGUUGCACCUGAAGGCAAUCCUUGCCCAUGAGGAUCACAUGGCCGAACAGUAUCCAGGGCUGCCCUUCCUCUUCUGGUUCAGUGUGGCGUCACUCAUCACCCUGUUCCACCUGUUCCUCUUCAAGCUCAUCUACAAUGAAUACUGCGGCCCGGGGGCCAAGCCUAUAUUCAGGAGUAAGGAUGUCAUAAGAAUUUGAUGAAAUGAUUCUUGUCCCUUAUCAUCACCUCGUCAUGUGGCUGUUAACCUCUAGGGUUAGAGGAGUAGAAGGUGACGCAGGCAUCAACGUCAGCUGAGAGCAUGUCUACAAACCAAUUCUUUUUUUUUAAUGAAGAGCAUUGCUUUAAUUUAUUUUGCAUUAAUGAUGUGAAAUUAAACUAGACACUGGAUGUUAGACCAACCUGUGGCACACAGCUUUUUGGUGUUAACUGUUCAUCAUGCUGAGAUUCUCCUGGUGUUCCAGCUGGAAAUCCUUGGCUUCACCUUUGUCUCCAGUAACAAGUGACCUCACA